AUGGAGGGCGCACCAACAAGCUGUGGAACGGAAACUCAAAACCCAAGAUUUCGCCUUAUCGAGGAUUGCAGCAAAGACGUGGGGCCCGAGCCUAUCCAGGGCUCGGGAGGUCUACCUCCAAGAGCUACAGGGCCGAAGGGGCCUGCAAAGGUCUUGUCAAAAGCUCAGAACAGGAGCCUUCGAAUAGUAGUAGGGGCAUACAAGUCAGCUCCUAUUCGGUGCUUAGAAACAGAGGCCUGGGUGCCACCGCUAGACUUAUAUCUCAACAAGCGGCUGGCCGACUUCGAGGGCCGGCUACAGAAGCAGGCCCUACAGUCAGGGGCUGGGCCGGAGGCUGAGAGAAUAACCACGGGGCAUCUAAUUACUGAGGCCUGCAAUAAGGUCUACCGAAGGUUCAACAAGAGGAGGAAAACCCGAGGCUGGAGGCCCCGUCAGGGCCCGCAGAGUCCCACGCCCACUGAACUAGCCGCUAGUGUAGUGGCCCAGUGGGUUAACUACAAAUGGAAGAUCGGGGGGAAGGACAGGGGGUCGAAUACCAAGGAGGUGGUCGAACUGGCCUGGCAGGCCCGGUGGGAACAACAGAGAGCUAGUCAACAAAGUACUACUCGACAGAGGGUAUUAAACAGGAGGAUAGCCGACGAAGACCCCCCAGCCCUCUUAUUUACCGACAAAGCUCUGAUGAGACACGAAGGUCUUACAAAGGCGCAGAGCUCCCUCCUUUCCCAGGCCCGUAUCGGGGAUAUAGGCCUCCGGGACUACCUGUUCAGGGUGAAAGUCCCGGAGGUCCGUACCCCCUAUUGCGAGUGCGGGAGGGGCAGGGAGACAGUGGAGCACUUGGUGGUUUGGUGCCCCGACCCGCCGUUACAAAGGCCGUGGGACGGCAGAGAGAUUCGGUCACAUCGGGACCCACAAACCGUAUUACGGGGAGUAGGUGCCCGGAGCAGAAGAUUUGUUAGGAAGGUCCUUGGCUGGCUGAUGGACUCUGGCCGGCUACUGGAGUAUAGCCUGGCCAGAAGGCUGGAGCUAGAAACAGUGGAUGGGGAGGGCUAG